AAUUAUAUCAAAUACAUGAAUGUUUUUGUAUAGUUUCAUUUUUCUUUUUUUUUUCUUAGAUGCUUUGAGUUUUUGAAGGUAUUUUCAUCAUGUCAGAGAGCAAUCAAAGCAGAGUAACUGAAUUUAUACUAACUGGAUUUCCUGGACUUCAUCCAGAAUAUUAUUGUAUUGCUUCAUUUGUUUUAUUCUUAGUCUAUGUGGUGACUGUUAUUGCAAAUAUCACUGUGUUUUUCUUAUUUGCAACUAACCAGAGCCUUCACAAACCAAUGUAUUACAUAAUUUUAAAUGUAUCUGCCUGCGAUCUUCUCUUCAGCACAACAACUUUACCUAAAAUCAUCAGUAGAUACUGGUUUCAGUCAGAGAGCAUUUCCUUUACUGGUUGUUUUGUCCAGAUGUACUUUGUACACUAUUUAGGCUCUGUUAAUUCUUUUAUUUUCUUCCUGAUGGCUUUCGACAGGUAUGUUGCUAUUUGUCAUCCUCUCCGAUAUACAACAGUCCUUAAAAAAAACACAGUCCACAUUCUCAGCAUGACUGCAUGGAUUAUUACUAUGGGGUUCCCUUUAAUGUUAGUCAUUAGAGCAUAUCCUCUUCCUUACUGUGCAUCAAAUGUUAUUCAUCACUGUUACUGUGAUCAUAUAGGAAUAACAGUUCUGGCCUGCACAGACAGAGCUCCUUAUUCUUUUCCUGCUUUUGUGGGGGCAAUGAUUACACUGUUAGUACCUUUGGCAUUUAUUGUUUUCUCCUAUUUCUCAAUAUUUAUAGAAAUAAGUAAGGUAGUAGGUCCAAAAAAAUGUUUUAAGUCUCUGUCUACAUGUAGUACUCAGUUAAUUAUUAUCUCACUGUAUUAUGUACCUCGAUGUUUUGUGUAUUUUGCUAGCCAAGUUGGGAUUACAUUUAGUGCUGAUUUGAGAAUAGUUAUUAUAAUGUGCUAUAGCCUUGUCCCUCCAAUGAUAAACCCACUUAUCUACUGCCUAAGAGCUAAAGACAUCAGAGAGUGUUUAUUAACACUAGUCUACAGAAUAACUGGACAAAAAGCUCAAGUUUUACCAGCUAAUGAUUAAUCAUAAUUAUUUCUUUUUAAGUAUAACUGAAAACCUGGUCCUGAAAAUCUAUAUAUUUUUUAAGAUUAUCACAAUAUCAGAAGAAACUAUUGUGUUAAUGUGAUUUCAUAUUCCGUUUGUAAAUUACAAGUGACAAAUCAC